GACCAUGGCUGCUCUAACCCAAAAGAAGUCAUGGGGGAAAAUUAUGGAUGAAUGGAAGGAAUUUAUGUGGAACCCCAGGACCAAGGAGUUUAUGGGCCGGACAGGGACCAGCUGGGCGCUGAUCUUGCUGUUUUACGUGGUGUUUUACGCCUUCCUUACGGGUAUCUUCGCGCUUUGCCUGUGGGUGAUGCUACAGACAAUUGAUGAUUAUCAUCCCAAAUAUGCCGACCGACUGGCCAAUCCAGGGCUGAUGAUUCGACCAAAUGUGGGCACCAUGGAUAUAGAGGUCAGUAUGAAGAGUAACGGGAGCGACAGCUGGCAGAAAUAUGUGGACGGCCUCAACACCGUGCUCCAAGACUAUAACAAGACUGUGCAGGAGGUGAGGGGCAUCGUGUGCCCGAGUGGGUCGUACUUCUUACAGACAGAUGCAGGAAAUGACAAGAAAGCGUGCCAGUUUCUAAGAGACAGCCUGGGAGAUUGCUCCGGAAUUAAUGACACAACGUACGGAUAUUCCAGUGGAACGCCAUGUGUACUCAUAAAGAUCAACAAGGUGAUAAAUUUCCUUCCAGUUCCAGUAAAGGAGAACUCUAACAGCUCCGUGACCAUAAGUUGUGCGGGGAAGAAUUUUGUAAGUGACCAGAGCCUGGGCGCCAUACAGUACUACCCCGCUCUGAGCAAAAACAACAGUCUGGGGGCCAUCGACCUCAUGUAUUUUCCAUAUUACGGGAACAGAGCUCAGAAAAAUUACACACAGCCAUUUGUGGCUGUAAAGUUCAUCAAUGCGACUCGUGACGUGGUUCACAACGUGGAAUGUCGUAUCCAAGCCGCCAAUAUUAUCAACAGUGACAGUCAGGACAAGUUCCAAGGACGAGUUAUGUUCACACUGAGGAUCAACUCUUAAACAUGUCUGCCCCUGUAUGACAUCACCGCCCUCUGUGACAUCACUGCCCC